AUGGGCAAGCAAGAUCAUGCUCGACGUGGCAAACAAAAGAAACAGGUUCACAGCUAUACGCCCGAUGAUGCAGAUAUGGGUAUGCGGCAAUUGUCCCACCAGCUAGCUUCUCAAUCUCUCUACAUAAAAGACAUCGCAGGCGACGGAAACUGUCUUUUUCGCUCGCUUGCAGAUCAGCUUGGAGAGAGUGAAAUGACCCAUGCGCAAAUUAGGCAUGAAGUUGUGGAGUAUCUUCGGAAGCAUCCAGACACUUAUGCUGCAUUCGUUGAGGAAGACUUUGAUACGUACCUUGACCGGAUGGCACAAGAUGGUGUCUAUGGCGACAACUUGGAGAUUGUGGGGUUUGCCAAUGUCUUCAAACGACAUGUCAAGAUCUAUCAGCCUGAUAUGGCUUAUGUCGUCUCGCCAGAUGAGACUGCAGGUGGGGAUAUGCUUCAUAUUGCCUAUCACAGCUGGGAACACUACAGCAGUGUUCGCAAUAAAGAUGGCCCUCAUGAUGGCCCACCGUGCAUCAAAGCCCAAGCUGUGUCUAUUCCGCCAUUGGAAACACGGCCCACGGACGCACCUGCCAGCGAUCUUGAGAAGAUUUGCUUGGCGAGUGUGCCAGGGGCUACACUGGAACGCGUUCGGCAGGUCAUGGACGAUUGUAAAGGUAAAGUCAACGAUGCGGUUGAAAUCCUCUUGGAUGAGCAAGCUCAAGCAGACGUAAAUGACGCUUUACAAGAGCAUGAAGCAGAAGUUCACUCUGAACUCGAAACACAGACCGAGUCACUGCCAGAGAUUGUUGAGAAGCAAGAGACAAAGCCGCCACCGAAACGCCUCAGCGCGAGAGAUCGCAAGGAGCAAGCGAAGAAGGCACAGAAGCAGGCGGCCCUCGACCGCAAGCGGCUCAAGAAGACGACUCAACCGAUCAAGACCGAUUCUGCGGUAGAAGGUAUCAAGACCAUGUACAUCUAG